AUGAAAAGCUCAAUAUUUAAUUUUUUUAAUUGGCUAUUUUUUAUGAAUUUAUCAAUAAUAAUUUUAUUGAAUAUUAACUUAUUUUCAAAUGUAACAAGAAUAGCACCAACAAAAGAGUAUGAACUAUUAUGGAAAGGAAUAGAAAGGAGUCUUGCGGAAGGGGAAUGUUCAAGUGUAGGAGCUAAGCUCAAUGUAAAUCAAUAUAGUAAUUCAGAUACUAUAGAACGUUUUAAUACAAUAUGCGAUAUUGUUCAUUCGGCAUAUCUUGAUACGCUUUUGUGGCUAAAAGAUCCAGCAUUCAAUAAUUAUGGCUUAUCAUAUAAUAAUAAUGGUCUAAAAAUUGGUGAUAUAAUUCAAGCUCAUUUAUCUAAUGCAGGAUUUACUUUUUCGUAUAGACUAAUACGAAAUGAAAUAAUAAGAGUAAAAGAACGUAAUGCAUUAAUUAUUUUAUUGAGGAGAACAGAUAAAAUAAUUGAACAAGCAAAAGAAAUUUUCACCAUGGAAAAUGAUCUGACAAAAAUUUUACUAGAAAGCAUUGUUGAUAAAAAUCAAGCAUAUAUAAAAAAUAUUUUAACAAAUGAAUAUAAUAUAAUUGAUUCAAUUGAAAGAGAAUUAAAAAAAAGAAAUUUUAAACUUCCAGAAUUGCAUAUUAAGAGAAUGAUGUUUAGAAUUAUAAGACGAGCUCAUGACAUAGCUUUGGAAUUAGGUGUUUUACAUGAAUUUAUUCCCCCUCCUCCGGAUUGCUAUGUGAGAGAAUUUACUGAAUAA